AUGGCUGAAAUCAUCAGGAAGCAUAAAUUGAAUGAUAAAAGGGCGCAUGGCAAAGAAACAGAUAUGAAGAAUGAAUUUAUGCGCGCAGAGGGGAAAAACAAUGCAAACUCUCUGAUUUGCAAGGGGCUUGCAGAUCUCAGGAUUGCGAGUCCAAGGUGCGUGAAGUUAAGUAUUGAGGAAGCAAAAGAUGUGAAGAAUAGUAAGAAGGCCUGCGAAGAUAAUGCAUUUGAAGAGAAGGGGCAUGCAAUGGAAUCGCUGUCUAGGGAUGUAAGCGAAACGAAGGGCGUGUCUUGGGGAAUGUUUGGGUUGAAACCUGAGGUUCUAAAGAAGAUUGAUGAGAUGGGAUAUGCUUUUCCAUCGCCUGUUCAAGCUAAGUCGAUUCCCCAUGCACUUAAUGGAAGGUGUUUGCUGGUUAGGUCUAAGAACGGAACAGGAAAAACAGCAUCUUAUAUGAUUCCGAUUCUGAACAAUGUGGAUGUACUAGAUAAGAAUGUACAGGCGAUAAUUGUUGUUCCGAUCAGAGAGCUUGCGCUCCAGGUUGCAAGGUGUUUUAGAAAGAUGUAUGAAGGAUUGGGAAUAUUAUCAACGCCUGUUGUUGGGGGGACGAAUAUGCAAGACGACAUAAUUCGAAUAUUGAAUGGAGUUCAUGUGAUGAUUGGAACGCCAGGAAGGAUAGUUGACCUUAUUGAAAAAAAGGUUGUAAUGCUGUCGAAGAACGUAAUGCUUGUGUUUGAUGAAGCAGACAAGCUGUUGGAUGUGACUUUUGGAAGGACUAUUACACGUAUUUUGGAGCUGAUGCCUCGGAAUAGGCAAAUGAUGCUAUACUCAGCAACAUUUCCGUAUUUCAUAGCUGGAUUUAUGAAGAGAUGCAUGCAGAAUCCGUUGUGUAUUAACCUGAUGACGGAGCUUGUGCCGAUUGGGAUUAAACAGUUCUAUGUGCAUGUCAAGCCAGUGGAUAAGCUUUUGUGUUUGAAGUCGCUGUUUACGAAGACAUCGGGUGUCAAUCAGUGUGUCGUGUUCUGCAACAAUAUAAAAACAGUCGAGUUUCUUGCAAUGAAGAUAACAGAAAUGGGGAUGCCAUCGUACUUUAUACAUUCGAAGAUGGCACAGGAAGACAGGAAUGCAGUGUUCCAUAGCUUUCUGAAGGAAAAAUGUAAGAUUCUUGUUGCGACUGAUCUUAUCACGCGAGGCAUAGAUGCGCCAAGCACCAACUAUGUGAUUAACUUUGAUCUUCCAAAGACAUCAGAGUCGUAUUUGCAUAGAAUCGGAAGAGCAGGUCGGUUUGGAAGAGCGGGUGUAGCAAUCAGCUUUGUUUCUGAAGCAGACAAGGAAAUGCUUGCUGAUAUAGAAACAAAUGUGGGAAGUAUGAUAUCUCCCCUUUCAGACAGUGGACUCAGCAGAUUGUAA